UACAACUUGUAAGAUUUAAAAAAGAAACCCCGUUUUUUCAAUCCGAAUGAAUGACUGAAUUUCUAAAUUUAUUCGCGAUAUAUUAAACUGUGUAGCCCCAAAAUUGUUAUCAUCUAGUUUUUCAAACAAAACCCAAGUCGCAAGGAUUGCAUAUACCGUCACAUUUAACAUUUUAAAUCUUUGACAUAAAAGAACUCAUAGCCACACUUUUCAAGCCAAUUUUCAGCGAUUUCAGUGUCUCCCAAUAAUUAAAUAUAUUCAAAGUGUUGUUUGUACGCAACAGCUGUUUCUAGAACAUAUUUUGACAAAAGGCUAGGUUUGACAUGAAAAAGGAAGUGGCAACACAAAGAUCAACAGAUGCGUUGAACAGACCAAAAAUGUACUAACGCCAACGCCAUAUAGCGCCUCAUCAACAAAAACAUUUUAAAAUAAUGAGAAAGAAUGAUGACAAAGUCUUAUCUAAACAAGACCCUGUGCUCCAACCCCCAACAACGCCUCCUAGACAGCUUUUCCAACCUAAGGGAGACGGACACAUUGACCUCCGUCAGGAUCAUGAGCCAAAAGCAGGAACAUCGGAAAUUCGCAUCAAAAGCGAAUCGAGCUUGCCAUUCUGCGAGGAUCUGUGGGAUGUCUUGGACGAGCUAGGGGAAAUCCUGGAUGAAGAGCUGGCCGAGUCGGCUUUUGAGUUGAAGCCAGAGAUCACUCCGCCACCACCUUCUAUGUGCCUGGACGAUGACACAUCCCUGUUUACUAGGAGAAGUAACUAUGAUAACAAUCGUUCCUCCCUCAACAUCGAGUUUAUUGAAAGUGGAACAACUCAAAUAAUUGAAUCGCCUGACUCGAACAGCCACAACAAGCCUAAAAACAGUUCAUCCAACGCUGGCCAGGAAGGAAAUCCUGUAACCCAAAGGAGUUCCUCAAAAGUAAAAAGAGCAAUAGAGCCGAAUCCUCAAAGUCCCCGCCCAUCGUCGAAAGAGCGUAGAAGUACAAAUACAAGGAGUAAGACUGGACACAAUCUUAGAUCUAAACAUAUUAGAAGUGGCUUCGACAGCCAAAGAAGCUCCCGAAGUCAGUCUAAGCAAAAAAAAACUUAGACAAAUCUAGA